AUGGACGUUUGCAAGAAUGAAGUAACUUCACCUUUCAAAAUUCCAUUCAAAGACAAGGAUAAGAGCAAAGGUUCGCCCGCUGCGGCAACAAGAUCACCUUUGGCUGAUCCACAUGAUCAACGAGAAUUUUCACAACGGGAUAUCCAAACAAUUAAAGCACGACAGAAGAAGCGGCUUGCUACCGAACAAGCACAGGCGCGAGAUGCUAAGAAAGCUCGAAAGUCGACUAACAUUCAGAAUGCUCAGGACCCGUUAGCUGUAGUGGAUAGAAUAUGCGGUGAAAUGGCAGCUUCGCAAGUCAAGCGUGAUCAGCGCCGCGAGUCUGAAGAGCGCACUCGACAUCUUGAAACCGACUGUGCCCUUUCUCGAGAGGCCUUGGAAAGACAUGCUCAGGACGACACCAUGGCUAGAGAGUUUCUUCGUCGUGAUUCUUUAAUGGAGCGACUACUCGGUCACAAAAUGUUGUAUGGGCGCUUGGAGUCAUAUACUUCAAUGGGCUACACUAGAACAUGUCCACCUGCUGAAAGUAGCGCAAUGCAAAUUGGUCAGGACAUUGAGUGUGAAACUAGUUCAAGACCACGUCGUGGACCGCAUACUCCUCCACCUCCAGGAAGCUCCCUCGUCCCACUUAUGGAAACGAAGGUUCAGCGUCCGAAACCAAGAGGCCCAAGAACUCCUCCCGGUUCACCAGGUUUUCUUCGUCGUGAUUCUUUAAUGGAGCGACUGCUCGGUCACAAAAUGUUGUAUGGGCGCUUGGAGUCAUAUACUUCAAUGGGCUACACUAGAACAUGUCCACCUGCUGAAAGUAGCGCAAUGCAAAUUGGUCAGGACAUUGAGUGUGAAACUAGUUCAAGACCACGUCGUGGACCGCAUACUCCUCCACCUCCAGGAAGCUCCCUCGUCCCACUUAUGGAAACGAAGGUUCAGCGUCCGAAACCAAGAGGCCCAAGAACUCCUCCUGGUUCACCAGGACCUCGAACUCCACCGCCACCUCCAGUUCCAGCACCUUCGACAUCUGUAGCUCCUGCCGUGCAGUCGUUGUUGGCAAACAUAGCGGCAAUGGCUGGUACCUCAGGCACUCAGCUGGCAUCGUCUUUAGGGGAAGACCUUAAUCGAAUUGGCGUGUUUUUGGAGUCUUUUGUGACGGCAUUGCGUACUGCUACUGCACAUAACGCAAUCGCUGUUUCAUCGCCAGCGAUGGAAGAAAAAUUACCGCAGCCAACAACACCUGCACGUGAUAUUUCUUCAAGGUCUCUUUCACGGCCAGAAGCUGACGUGGACUCGGUAAAAAUGGAGCUUGUUUCGGAUUGUUCACUCUCUCCGCUACCGGAUUCGCAGUCGCAGUCUCAAUCACCUUUGAAAGCCCCGCCUCCUCCCCCGCUAAUUGCUCCUCCUCCACCGCCACCAAUCCUACCAGCACGUCCAGCGUCCACUGCAACUGCUCAACCUCCACCCCCACCAUCAGCUACUUUAGUGAGUUUUCUCGAGACUCUAGGCAGCGGUGGAUGCAUUUUUGAGGCCCAAGGCGCUCCCGCACCCCCUCCCAACCACAUAUCUACAUCUUCAGUUAAUGUUCUACCGGCAGCUCACAUCCCAGUAUUCUCUCCACCAGGUGGUCGCUCCAUACCAACUAUGCCCAAUCUCACUAUACCACCACCGCCUGUUUCGAGUAAAUUUGGA